AAUAUAUAUAUAUAUAUCUUUAGAUUAUGUUAAAAGUUUACAAAAUUGAGAUAUUAAUUUUUUUGUUGUUUGUUUCUUUAUUGUUAUAUUUCUUCAUGUAUUUCAAAUUCAAUGAAAUACUGCAUGCUCCAAGCUUUAUGAGAAAUGUUGCUGUAAAACUUGCCCCGCACGCUGAUGAAAGACAUUUUGAAUCAAUAAAAAAAAUUAUACGCUUAGAAAAUACAGGCCUCGAAAUAAAACCACCUGCUAACACCACCUUGACGCCAUCAACUAUACGUAUUUCGAAUCUAUAUAGCGUAAGUUUAAAAACUUAUGUGCAAGCCAUAAUUGACAGGUCUUUAUCUAUUCAAUCAAAACAUGGUUUUAUUUUUUUGCAAAUGAUGAACAGCGCUUUUCUUUUGCACACUAAAUCGUGGUUGUGCAAUGUAAAAAAUCAAAAUGAAGUUCUUCAACGAUUAAUUCUUAUAGCCACAGAUGACCACGCAUUUAAGCAGCUAAAAGCUUUUAAUGUGAAAGUUCUUCAUUUAUUUCUAUUGCCAUACGAAUCUCUUGAUCUCGAGUAUGGUCUUCGUUCAUACUACGAGUAUGUUUUGUUUAGAAUAUCAUUAACAAAUAAAAUCUUGAACGCAGGUGUUAGUGUUUGGAUAUGCGAAGCCGAUGCAGUUUGGUUUGAAAGUCCAAUUAAAUAUCUCACUGAGUUCACUGAAAAAGACAUAGUGGUACAGCAAGAUGGACUCAUUAAUCAGAAUAUGCCUUGCGGUGGGUUUAUUUUUCUAAAUAAAACAAAACCUACUAAACGUAUGUGGCGAGAACUUGAAAAAAGGGUGACUACAGUAUUAAACAGUUUAACCGACGUUGAAGUUGGUGACGAAGGAAACGAGCAACUAAUGUUACCUAUUCUCCUUUCAGAGUUUCGUGUAAAGUGGGCAUUUUUCUCAAGGACAAAAUUUGUUAGUGGUCAUUGGUAUACAAACGAGUUAUUUCGAAAACAAGUUCAUCCCGUAGUUAUUCAAAACAAUUGGAUAAAAGGUAACGAAGCAAAAAUUUUAAGAGCUAAAUAUUGGGACCAUUGGUAUUUAAAUAAAAAUGAAACGUGCUUGUAACACAUUAAAGCUGUUUGGAUUGAACCCAGCUGUAACCUUCUCCCCUGUAUCCCACAAAAUAAAUACUUAAAGUACCUGAUUUUUGUUGAAUAUAAAAGAAAAUAGAGUUGUUCGUUUUUUUUAUAAUUAACGAUUUUUAAAUUUAAACUAAAAAAUUUUGUAUUUAUAAAAGUGUUUCACAAACCUAUUUAACAGUGGAAACCAGAUUUUUAUAUAUCUGUAAACCCAAAAUAAUUGAUUCAACAUUCAUUAUGUUUUUAUACUUUAUUCAAUAUAUUUAUGCUUAAUUUAAAACUGCGAA